CCGACGCGGAACCGGGGCGCAGCGGGAGCCCGUGCUGGGUGGGCGCGGGGCGGCGGCGGGCGCGGGCUGCCCAGCGCCGGGAACUACACUGGGCGAGGUGAGGGAGGCGGCCGACGGCCGCUCCGGGACGUGGACCCCCAGGAGUUUGAAUACCACUCCCACCUGCAGAAAAUUGGCAACAUCUCCCAGGAGCCCUUGCUUUUUCCCUGGACCCUGGCAUCAUGGUUUCCAAUUUCAUGGGGUUUCUCAGAGUCCUGGGUUACCUGCUGCUGUUAGGAUUCCAGCUCAUCGGCUCACAUCCUUCCACUGAACACAGAAAGGUCCCUCAGCGGAUGGCGGCGGAGGGCGCCCCCGAGGACGGCGGCGGCGUCCCCGGCGUGUGGGGCGCCUGGGGCCCCUGGUCCGCGUGCUCGCGCAGCUGCAGCGGCGGCGUGAUGGAGCAGACGCGGCCCUGCCUGCCCGGACCCCACCGCGCGCGCGGCCCGAGGCCCCGAGCCCCCGCGCAGGCCUUCGCGGGCCGCGUGGUGUCGGCUGUGCGCACUUCAGUGCCGCUGCACCGGAGCCGAGAGGAGCCUCGCGCCCCCGCCGGCUUCAACGCCAGCCGCCAGGGCCCGGCGCUCCGGGGCGGCCGGCACCCGCAGACGCGGGUCCGCGAACCCACCGCGGAGAGAAGGAGCAGGACCCGAGGUCCCAUCGGCCCUGGCAAGUAUGGCUAUGGGAAGGCCCCAUACAUUUUACCACUGCAGACGGACUCCACACACUCACCGCAGAGGCUUCGGAGGCAGAGGCCCUCACCCCGGCAUUCCAGGUCCCAAGAGGCAUCGGGUCCUAGCUAUGGCUAUAGCCCUCCACGUGGCCGGGCCCCCCACCGUGCCCCUCUGUACCAGAGUGACAGUGGCCCUCAUUCUGGACUGCAGGUCUCAGAGGCUUCCAUCUACCAGCUGCCUUUGACCCAUGACCAGGGCUUCCCUGUAGCUUCGAGUUCCUUGCACAGCCCAGAAACAAGCAGCGGCCAUGGCAUGGGGGCCCACAGCACAGCCCUGAGCUUCGCCCAGCCAGCCCGGUCUGCAGCAAUCUCCUGCAUUGGGGCCUAUCGCCAAUACAAGCUGUGCAACACCAACGUGUGUCCAGAAAGCAGUAGGAGUAUUCGGGAGGUACAGUGUGCAUCCUACAACAACAAGCCAUUCAUGGGCCGCUUUUAUGAAUGGGAACCAUUUGCAGAAGUAAAGGGCAACCGGAAGUGUGAGUUGAACUGCCAGGCAAUGGGCUAUCGCUUCUAUGUACGCCAAGCUGAGAAGGUCAUUGAUGGCACCCCCUGCGACCAGAACGGCUCGGCCAUCUGCGUGUCUGGGCAGUGCAAGAGCAUCGGCUGUGACGAUUACCUAGGCUCCGACAAAGUGGUGGACAAAUGCGGGGUGUGCGGAGGCGAUAACACAGGCUGUCAGGUUGUGUCGGGCGUGUUUAAGCACGCCCUCACCAGCCUGGGCUACCACCGUGUUGUUGAGAUUCCCCAAGGAGCCACAAAGAUCAACAUCACCGAGAUGCACAAGAGCAACAACUAUUUGGCCCUGCGAAGUCGUUCUGGCCGCUCCAUCAUCAACGGGAACUGGGCAAUUGACCGGCCUGGAAAAUACGAGGGUGGAGGGACAAUGUUCACCUACAAGCGUCCAAAUGAGAUUUCGAGCACUGCUGGAGAGUCCUUUCUGGCUGAAGGUCCCACUAACGAGAUCUUGGAUGUUUAUAUGAUACACCAGCAGCCUAACCCCGGAGUCCACUAUGAGUACGUUAUCAUGGGGACCAAUGCCAUCAGCCCACAAGUGCCACCUCACAGGAGACCAGGGGAGCCCUUCCAUGGCCAGCUGCUCCCGGAGGGGAGGAGUCAGGAGGCGGGAGAAGAGAAGGAACGGACUGAGGAGAAGGAAGGCUUGCACGGUGGGGCACCAGAAAUAUUCACCUCAGAAUCUGCGCAGACCUUCUCAGCCAGGCAUCCAGAUAGAUUUUCUUCCCGCUGGCCGGGCAAUUUGGUGCUACCAGCACCACAGCCCCCACGACGAAGCCGAGAUCACAACUGGAAACAGCUUGGGACCACGGAGUGCUCCACGACCUGUGGGAAAGGAUCGCAGUACCCCAUUUUUCGCUGUGUGCACAGAAACACUCAUGAAGAGGUUCCCGAGAGCUACUGUGACUCCAGCACGAAGCCGACCCCCGAGGAGGAGCCCUGCAGCAUCUUCCCUUGCCCGGCCUUCUGGGACAUCGGGGAGUGGUCCGAGUGCAGCAAAACCUGCGGCCUGGGCAUGCAGCAUCGCCAGGUUCUGUGCCGCCAGGUGUACGCCAACCGAAGCCUGACGGUGCAGCCCUACCGUUGCCAGCACCUGGAGAAGCCCGAGACCACCAGCACCUGCCAGCUCAAGAUCUGCAGUGAGUGGCAGAUCCGGACGGACUGGACCUCGUGCUCCGUGCCCUGUGGAGUGGGGCAGAGGACCCGGGACGUGAAGUGUGUGAGCAACAUCGGGGACGUGGUUGACGACGAGGAAUGCAACAUGAAGCUCCGGCCCAAUGACGUUGAGAACUGCGACAUGGGGCCCUGUGCGAGGAGCUGGUUCCUCACCGAGUGGGGUGAGAGGUGUUCAGCGGAGUGCGGGGCUGGAGUGCGGACACGCUCGGUGGUGUGCAUGACCAACCACAUCAGCAGCCUGCCUCUGGAGGGCUGUGGGAACAACCGGCCAGCAGAGGCCACUCCGUGUGACAACGGGCCCUGCAUGGGCAAGGUGGAGUGGUUUGCUGGGAGCUGGAGUCAGUGCUCCAUAGAGUGUGGCAGUGGGACCCAACAGAGGGAGGUGAUUUGUGUUAGGAAGAAUGCAGACACCUUUGAAGUGCUGGACCCCUAUGAAUGUUCCUUCCUAGAGAAACCACCCAGCCAACAGUCCUGCCACCUGAAGCCUUGUGGAGCCAAAUGGUUUAACACAGAAUGGAGCAUGUGCUCCAAGAGCUGCCAGGGCGGCUUCCGGGUCCGGGAAGUACGCUGUCUGUCAGAUGACAUGGCCCUAAGUAAUCUCUGUGACCCUCAGUUGAAACCAGAAGAGAAAGAAUCCUGUAACCCUCAGGACUGUGUCCCUGAAGUCGAUGAAAGCUGCAAGGACAGAUACUACAACUGCAACGUGGUGGUGCAGGCCCGCCUCUGCGUCUACAACUACUACAAGACUGCCUGCUGCGCCUCAUGCACUCGCGUGGCCAACAGACACGCGGGCUUCCUGGGGAGCAGAUAACACCCCCGCACCUACCCAAAGAGCAGAGCAGCAAGUCUGUAAGAGGGUGACUGGCAGGCUGCUGAUCCACCAGGGUCUCCCUGGCCCAGGGCGCUGCCGGCCAAUUUGGUCACCAGCCCCGCCUUCAGUAAAGUGUCCACGCGGUGCCCAGGCGCAGAGCCACAGCUCUGAGCAUCGCCAUCAACUGAAGUUCCCUCCUUGGGAAACCUGGAAACCUCUAACAGUGCUCUCUGAAAACCAGUCAGGGGGGCGUUCAGGCAGCUCUCAGCCAACCCCUCCUGGCACUUUCUAAGGCAGCAAUUUAGCCCUGACUGGGCACUGCCUCCCCCAGGGGGCUAUUGGCCUUUCCAAUAUCAGCGCCUCCUGGACAGUCAGAGGGGGCAGCACCCGUACCCCAGGGCCCGAAGCCUUGCUGAGAUGCCGGCAUCCCGUUACCUCAGCCCCGCUGUGCCUGUCCUCUUUCUCAAAGACAUUAAGUUGUUUGCCUGCCUCAUGACACAAACAUCUCAUGUCAUGCAGUGCUUUAUUGUUUCACAGGUAUAUUCACAGAUAUUAAUUCCUUAGCAGCUUAUAACACCCCAGAAGGGAGGCCGGGAAUGAAUCAUUGUCCCAUUUUACUAGCAAGGAAGCUGAGACUCAUUGACCUCCCAGCCAUAUUCACCUGUUCAGUGGCAGAGCUGAGUCCCAACCCCCAUCAUCUGACCACAAAACCCUGACCCCAAGGCCUGUCCAGAAGUCUUAGGUCUGCAGGAUGCGGCUUCAUUUCAGACCAAGAGUGAGAAUUUCCUAAUUAGCAAACGAAACGCAGGUCUUUGAAUUCUUCCCUCCAACCAAAGGUCAAAACUUUAUCCCAGCUUCAGUUGUUUCAGAAGUCUGUUUCCACCCAUCCCUUCCCCCACAGUCACAGGCCCUCAUCACAGGACCCUGCAGCUUUCAUUAAGCCCCGUCCUGGAAGAAACUCUCCCCUGAGACCAUAAAGGCGCUGGGUAUCACAGUCAUUGCCUGAAAUUCUGACUUCCUUUCCCAGUGAGAUGUUUUCCCUGGAACCGGAAGUCAGGGUCCCUUUGGCCACAACAGUCCCUUUCUGGUCCCAGAGCAGGUUUCCAGAGCUGUGUGCUCAGCCCCUCCUCAGCCACCCUGCUGGGCUGUUCUCCACACGUGCCUGGUGGAAAGUGUAACCAACCCACACCAGCAAAAACCUCGUUUCUAUUAGAAAGUGUCUCCCUUUGGUCUUUUUGAUUUGAUUUAUGGAUUUCUCUCUAUUACUUCAAAUCCUUCCUUUCUCACCCAGGACUGACAACCCAUGUCCCCGCCCCCCUCCAGACAGGGCACUAACACCUACAUUAAUGGAGCCAGUCUGGGAGGAGGGGCUGUGAGCUACAGUGGCAGCUUCAUCAGAGGGCUCUUCCCUGACUCACCUUGCCUAACUCUAGCUCCAGGGCCUGCAGGGGUCAGUAGGGGGUGGGGGUACAGUGCCUAUUGAGAGAGGAACUCUUUGAAAAAUCCAUUAAGAAGAAAAUAUAUGUACAUUAAGAAAAGUACCAGGCUAAACGAAUUGUAAGCUCUUAGUACUGUGGUCCUGGGCCCAUUUCCCUUUUAAAGCAAGCCUUAGCAAUUGAGUUUCUCCCAGGAGCCCUUUAAACCAGAAAUCUGCUAAUUAGAUGAUCACUUGCAGUUUUUGGAAGCAGUAUCACCACUUAGUCUGACACACGCUGUGUUUCCAGGGAUUCUCUUUGGCUUUCCUGUGAGUGUCCUCUUGCUGGGGAGCCCCAGCACCACUCCCCAGAAGCACCCCCUCUCUCCUGGUUCUUAUGGGACUCCUGCAGAGAAGCAGGCGGGAAGAGGCCCCGCUCCUCCGGCCACCAAGUGUGUCAGUGAUUUCAUCCCGUGUCCCCCCUUCCUUUCGCUAGAAGUUUUUUGCUUCUAAUCACAAGGGGAGUUUGUCCUUGACGCAGCAGCCUGCUGAACAAGCCAGCCAUCUGCUGGAGUCCUUGCAAGAGGCUGUCUUUACACGUGGGAGGGCAGGGUGGGUCAGUGGGUGGGAGAGCAGGAAGGCUGAUUUCACCUCAAAUUAAGGGAAAACCUUGUAGCCAUUCCAGCUGCUCAUCAGGGGUGUGGCCACCAUUUGUGAGCGCGCUCUCCAUCCUAAGCGGGACUUCUCUGUCGCGUGGCAAGUGAACAUCCGGUUCCCUCCACCUGGGGAUGCUCAUGAUGCGCUGGUCAGUGGUGGCUUUGUCUCUGACAUCUGACAACGUCCGUGGCUCCCAGAUGCUACCUAACAGUUCUUUAAAAGCACAGCGAUCCUUCCGUGAUGACCGCGUGAUGACGGCCGUUGUGGA